AUGGCAGGGCAUAAGGCUCGCCGCAUAGCCAAAGAUCUGGCCGACAUUCGGGCCGACUCUGCUUCUCAGAUAUUCGCCGAAACCGUGGGAGACAGCAUCACCGACCUUCGAGGCUCUUUCAAAGGCCCUGCUGGGACGCCAUACGAGGGCGGAACCUACGAAGUCUCCAUCAAGAUCCCAAACGAAUACCCUUUCAAGCCUCCGGUCAUGAAGUUUACCACCAAGAUCUGGCACCCCAAUAUCUCCAGUCAGACGGGGGCGAUUUGCCUAGAUACACUGAGCACUGGCUGGUCGCCAGUUCUGACCAUUAAGUCUGCCAUGAUUUCGUUGCAGUCGCUGCUCAGUUCCCCCGAGCCCAAAGAUCCUCAGGACGCCGUGGUGGCACAACAGAUGAUCAAGAACCCAAAAGAGUUUGAAAGGCAGGCCAGGGAAUGGGCAGUUAAAUAUGCUGGAGCGCCCGCGUCCAAUACUGGGGAGAGUAGUGGUGGUGCGACGGACAAGUCUAUCGAGGAUGCCGAGAAAGAGAGUGAAGAGAGGGAAGAGGCCGCCAAUCUUGCAGUCUAUGAUGGAUACAACAAGGAUUUAAUCGAUCGGUUUGUCAUGAUGGGCUUCGAUGUCGAACGAGUGGUGGAGGCUUUCAACUACGUUGGUAUUGACCGGAAUGGCGGACAAGACUACGAGCUUGAAGAGGCCUACAUGGGCGACAUCACUGCUCGACUGCUGGGCGAGCCUUGA